AUGCACAAUUAUACACCAGCGAAUAGUAUUCGACAGAAAAAAGCCAACUGGGGUACAAUAAAUAAUAGAAUAUUGAGUCAUUUUGGUCUUGAUCUACCGGCGAUCAUUAUUACUGGUCUGUGUCAUGGAACACCGGGCCUCAUUGAAGUUUUACUCUACAACCUCAGAUUGAAAAUUGAUGAACAAAUAGAGGUUCAAAAAAAGUUUCAAGAUUCUUUAUAUCUAGAAGAUCACUCACUGAUGUCAAUUGAUAGCACUCGUAGCUUGAAACCCAUCACCACAUUAAAUUCAGUGACAAAACGUGCCGGUCGAUUUUCUCAGAAAGGAAUGAGGCGAACCGUUCCACGAUUAGAAUUUUGA